UCUACUUUGAAAUCGACACAGCCCAGACUGAAAUUAAGACAGGGCAAAGACAAAAGAACAAAGAAGCUUUGUAUUAGAGAGGAGGAAGGAGCCGGGGAUCACUGCCUCUGCUCUGUCUGCAACCUUUGAACGCUUAAUCCUGUCCUUUUGCAUUUUAAAGUUGAAAGGGUAUUCUGUGGUUUUAAACUUUAAAGUUACAGUAGAGAGAGAGAGAUGGAUGGUGGAAAGGGAGUGGAAGCAGGCCCAUCCACAACAGGAGUAGUUGGUGAGAAACAAGAGAGGCAAAAGGAAAUGGCAGACAAAGCACUAGCUGAAGCUGUUAUUGAUUAUGAUGAUGAUGAGGAGGAGGAGGAGGAGGAGGGUAGUGGGGUUCCUGUUCCUGUUCCUGGUUUCGUACCUGGGCCUUUGCUCUCUCUCAAGGAACAGAUUGAAAAAGAUCAGGAUGAUGACAGCUUAAGGAGGUGGAAAGAGAAGCUACUUGGUUGUGUUGAGGGUGACUUAAAUGGUUUGUGCCAAAUGGAACCGGAAGUGAAGUUUCACUCUAUAGGAAUUAUAUCCAGUGACUUCGGGGAAAUAAAUACUCCCCUACCUGUUGAUGGCAAUCGGAGCAGCCAAGUCCAUUUUACUCUCAAAGAAGGAUCUCGAUACCAACUUAAGCUAACAUUUAAUGUUCUACACAAUAUUGUUUCUGGCCUAAAUUACUCAAAUAUUGUGUGGAAGGGGGGACUCCAAGUUGACCAAAGCAAAGGAAUGUUGGGCACUUUUGCUCCUCAGCGGGAACCAUAUGUGCAUACUUUGGAGGAGGAGACUACUCCAUCUGGUGCAUUGGCAAGGGGAAUUUACUCAGCAAAGCUUAAGUUCGAAGAUGAUGACAGAAGAUGUCAUAUGGAUCUAAAAUAUUCCUUUGAGAUAAAAAAGAGGAGCUAGCCAAUUCUACACCAGUGUUUGUUUGUGUUUUCAACUUUUCACGUAUGUCUUUAUGAACCACAUAGAUGUUUUUGAAUCUAUUAAAUUGAGAUUGAAUGUAGGUGUGAGGGAAAUAUAGUCUAUUUUCCAAUCGGCAACUUCGAACCAAAAUUGUCAUGCCUCACGUUUUGCUAUCUUUAUCCAUUAUCAUACAUUAGAAA